AUGGGAAAGAAAGCCACAUUUGAGCGAGCACAUCAAAGGCAACUUCGCCAUACGAGAGAACAGCGUGAUCGUAAGACUGCAGCUGUUAGGGCAACACGCCGUGGAGAGGAUUCUACCGUUCGCCUCAUUCAACGUACGACGCCUACAAGGGCAAUUGUAUCCGAUGAAAAAAAGAUCAUGCUUGUAGAGCAGUUUGCUCAAGCUUGCCGUCUUCCUGCCACAUGUGAAGAUCUUUGUACUUUACUUCGUCAAGCAGGAGGUGAGGAAACACAAGAUGUUGAUGUCUCUCGUAAACGACCACGUGAAAACUCUGAGAAAGAUGAAUCGGUUUUAUCUUCUAUUGUUGAUGCAUUUCUUCAGCUUGAAAACCAAGCUGUAACGACAGCAGAUGAAGGUAAUGAUAAUAAUAAUGAUGAUAAUAAUAAUAAUAAUAAUAAUAAUAAUAAUAAUGGAGAGGAACCUGUUUCACUUUUAGAGGAUGUUAUUCAAAAUGAAUGUGGAGGACGUGUGGUUUGCGCUUUAAUAUCCGCUGUAGAUACUUGUAAAUAUGAAAAGAAGUUUUCUGUAUUGGAUGCUGUGACUAAACUCUUUGAAGAGAAUGAAACAUUAUAUGGACAUUUUGUGGCUUGUAAAGUAAUGAGUUCAUUGGUCCAACAUGGUGAUCGUUCUAUACAAAAAAGAAUUCUCCAAGUGUUAAGACAUCAUGCAGUAACAGCGGAACAAUUACAAGGACAACUCCGUAAUCGUCAUUCAUCUGUGACGAUACAACAUCUUCUUGAACACUUUCCCACAGAGACGGCCGCAUGGAUAGGUGAUACAUUGGGUAUCACAAAAUGUGAUGGAAAAACUAAUAAAGAAAAGGAAGAAGAAAAACAAGAAGAAUUAAUUUCAUUAAUUCUUGAUCCUGUGGCAUCACCUGUUGUACGUGCCUUCUUUCUUCGAUCAAAUUCUCGUUUAUCUUUUAUGAAAUCUAUUGAUAUUUCAAAACUUCUAGAAAGUAAACGAGGUUGUAAAUUUUUACAAGAGGCUUUAUUAUCUUCUGAAUUACAAAAAUGGUCUUCAGAUGAAGCUAUUGAAGUAUUGGAUGUAGUUAUGCCUCUUUGUGAAGAUAAAAUUGUGGAAAUGUGUACUUCAAGUGAUGCCAAUUUUGUUGUUCAAGCUAUUUUUGAACUUAUUUCUCAUACUGGAGAAACGGUAGCAAAUGAACGUUUUAAACGCCUUUUGCAUUUGUUAGGACCACAUUUAACUUCCUUAAUGACUCAUCAUAUUGGAGUCCAUGUGGUAGUUCAUCUUAUUGUGAAAACUAUUACACUCACUACAAAAUCUAUAGUUGAAGAAAUAGCAACUACACUUAUUACACGGAAUAAUGUGGUCGAUAUGUUAAGAGAUUCAAAUGGCAGUUUGGUUGUACGAAAACUUUUGCCACUCUGCAAAGUGAAAAAUUCUAAAAUUGGUCAGUUACUUACAAUUACCUUUGAAAAAGAUAUGACUUCUUUAAUAUAUGAUUCCAUUGGAAAUUUAACAGCUCAAGAAUAUAUCAAGGUUUGUGGAGCUGAAGAACUUGCCCGUAAACUUAUUAAAAAUGAUGAAUUAUUAACUAUGUCUCAACAUCCUUACGCUUCUCAUGUUAUAGGAUGUCUUUUUGACCAUGUGGGAGCGUCUACACAUACGAGUCUCUGUAAUGCCCUUCGUCCACAUGUUGUAAAUCUAUCAACACAUUUAAAUGGUCGAUUUGUUGUUGAGAAAGUGAUUCAUACAAAUCGUGAUAUAUGUGAUCUUCUUCUUCGCGAAUUUACUGCUCUCGCUUGUGAAAAAGGAACUCAACAUGUACUUUGUACUUUGGUGGCUAAUUUGGAUCAACGUGGUAGACAAAAGGUGAUAAGCACUGUAAUUUCUGGACUUUAUAAUUUGGCUACCCAACAAUGUAGCUCUGUUGUUUUACAAAAAUUGAUGCAGACAGAUACCUCAGUCUUACAAGCAGUAAAAGAAGAGUUGUCACGGAAACCACAUCUUCGAAACAAUCUCGCUCAAAACUUUUUCGGUAAGUUUGUUGUGCAAAUAAGUGAAGGAAGUGGGAAUUGA